GUCUGGUACUACUUUUUCAAAACACAAAUUUUUAAAUUCUACACAAUUCUUUUAGUUUUUACUGAUUUGCAUCCCCAAACAUGGUCAAAAUCACAGAGACCCUUGUUAGACAACGCUCAGAGCAUAACAACUUGGAGAUUUCUACGUUGGAAGAAUUAUCUCUACAUCAACAAGAUAUUGAAAAGAUUGAGUACCUUGAUAAAUGGUGCAGAGAUCUAAAAAUAUUAUAUCUACAGAGCAACCUUAUUCCUAAGAUAGAAAAUGUCAGCAGAUUGAAGAAACUUGAAUACUUAAACUUAGCACUGAACAAUAUUGAAGUAAUAGAAAACCUAGAAGGAUGUGAAUCUCUAAAGAAGCUUGAUCUUACAGUGAACUUUGUUGGAGAAAUAACUAGUGUUGGAUGUUUGAAGAACCUUGUACAUUUUGAAGAGUUGUACCUGGUUGGGAACCCCUGUACAGAGUAUGAAGGCUACAGAGAAUAUAUAAUUGCAACACUCCCACAUUUAAAGAAGUUAGAUGGUAUUGUGGUAGAAAAAUCAGAGAGAAUUUCAGCAAUUCAGGAAUUUUACAGAAUAGAGCAUGGAAUUCGAGAGCAGCAAAAUGAACAUCGGAAAAAGAGAGCUCGGGAGAAGGCAGAGGCUGAGAGCAAAAAGAAAGAGAAGGAGAGACUUGAAAAAGAUAUUGAAGAUAAGUCCAAGGAGACUAAGCCAGGAUUUGAUGGAAGAUGGUACACAGACAUGAACAAAGACAGUGGAGAUUCAAUCCAAGAAAAUAUUGAAAAACAAAAGAAGGAAGAUGAAAAGGUCAAAGAAUUUUGGGAGGAAAAGUCAGCAUAUACACCUGAAUCGCGUAUUGAGGUACAUGAACAUACUAAAGCCUUGAAAGACAAAGAAAAUAAAAAGAAUGCAGAACCAGAAAAAAAGCCACGUCGACUAUUGGCGGAUGAUGGCAGAAGGUUAAACAUCAAUGAGGCAAAAAUUGACUUUACACUUACAGAAGAUGAAAAUAAGCAUGAAAUUCUACUAGACUUAGCCGUAUUUAAGCAUAUGGAUACUUCACUGAUUGAUGUAGAUGUACAACCUGACCAUGUGCUGGCAUACAUUAAGG